AUGCUUUUACCUUUUCCGUUACCCUGGUCUGUUCGGACCUCUGUCGCGCUAUUUACCAUUCGUUGCGCUGGUGUGUUCGUAGCAUUUCGACGUCAUUGUGGCGCCCUUGCAUGGCUUCCAAUUUUUGGUUUCUUUUUACCGGGUUACUCCCGGUGGAUUAUCAAGCCCAAUCUCCCCAGCUAG